CUGGAAUGUAAAAUAUCGAUAUUACGAUACUUUUGGCUUGCACAAUCCAUCAAACAGUCGACGACAUCGAUAUUCAGAUAUAUCAACAAUUUUAUUUAGUUGAAAGUGCCUUUGCGUUCAGUUUUGACUGAAAAUUCUAUAAUAAAAUCAGCAAUAUUACAUUAUAUUCCCACGGACGGUGUGAGGAAUUGAAGGGAAAAAAAGCUGUGAAUAUGAGGUGUUCACUGAUCUUUUGCCUCAUAAUUGGGGCAGUGAUACACCAUGGUACUGGCGUCGAUCCAACUAAUUUCAAGACAUGUGAGCAGAGCAGCUUCUGCAGGCGCUCACGUAAGGUGCAAAGCUCGGGAAGCAAGUAUUCUCUUAUACCGGGCACGUUAAACACAUAUUCGGAUUCACUGACUGCUGAUCUGAUCAACAAAGAGAAUCAUCAUCAGUUCACAUUCAAGCUGGAGGCACUGGUAGGAAGCACCUUCCGUUUGCAGAUUGAUGAGAAGACAUCGCUAAGUCCACGAUAUCGCGUUGAGCACGCACUAAAAGGACAGCCGAAAACGGCACGUAUACGUGUACAGGAGUCGGAUGGUGAGCUGACCAUUACGGCCGACCAUUCCAAGGCUGUCAUACAUGGUGAUCCGUUCCGCAUUGACUUUUAUGAGAAGGACGUUCUUGUUGUAUCCGUAAAUGCCAAAAACUGGCUGUACUUUGAGCAUCUGCGUAAAAAGCCACAAGCUCAGGCCGACCCAGAGGGCGGGGAUGAAUCACAGCAGCAGCAGCAAAAUGUUGAGCCAGCAGGUGAAUCAUUGGAUGAUCCAGGCGCAUGGGAGGAGAACUUCAAGUCGCAUCACGACUCUAAACCCAAUGGACCACAAGCAGUAGCACUUGAUUUCUCGUUCCCCGCCGCGGAGAUGCUCUUUGGCAUACCAGAGCAUGCUGAUAGCUUUGCGCUCAAGUCCACCUCUGGUACUGAUCCCUAUCGCCUGUACAAUUUGGAUGUCUUUGAGUAUGUGGUGGACAGUAAAAUGGCACUUUAUGGUUCGGUGCCAGUGCUUUACGGUCAUGGUCCUCAACGUACUGCCGGUGUUUACUGGCAAAAUGCCGCCGAGACCUGGGUGGACAUCUAUACAGCCGAGACGAAUGUGGUUUCUUCGUUGGUUAACUUUGUAUCCGGAUCCAGGAAAACAACGCCACCCGUAGCGCACUUCAUCUCCGAGUCGGGCAUUGUGGAUGCAUUUAUUAUGCUGGGACCUAAGCCCAUGGAUGUGUUCAAGCAAUAUGCAGCUCUCACUGGUACCCACGAGCUGCCUCAGCUUUUCGCUCUGGCAUAUCAUCAGUGUCGCUGGAACUACAACGAUGAGCGCGAUGUGACCACCGUUUCGGCCAAGUAUGAUGAGUACAAUAUGCCCAUGGAUACGAUGUGGCUGGAUAUUGAGUAUACCGAUGGCAAACGCUACUUCACUUGGGACAAAUUCAAGUUCCCGGAACCCCUGACCAUGAUUAAGAAUCUAACCGAGUUGGGUCGCCAUUUGGUUAUCAUCAUUGAUCCGCAUAUUAAGCGUGACACUAGCUACUUUUUCCAUAAUGAUUGCACGGAGAACGGAUAUUAUGUGAAGACGCGUGAGGGUAAUGACUACGAGGGUUGGUGCUGGCCGGGAUCUGCCAGCUAUCCCGACUUCUUUAAUCCCGUUGUACGCGACUAUUAUGCUAGCCAAUAUCAUUUGUCCAAGUUCAAGACUGUCAACGAGGAUGUUAUGAUCUGGAAUGAUAUGAACGAGCCAUCUGUAUUUAAUGGACCUGAAAUAACCGCACCCAAGGAUCUGGUGCACUAUGGCAAUUGGGAGCAUCGCGAUGUGCAUAACCUUUACGGUCACAUGCAUCUCAUGGGCACCUUCUCUGGCCUGAAACAACGCGAUCCCAAUCAGCGUCCCUUUAUACUGACUCGCGCCCACUUUGCUGGCUCACAGCGAUAUGCGGCUAUUUGGACAGGCGAUAACCUGGCCGAUUGGACGCAUUUGCAGCAUUCGAUCAAGAUGUGCUUGACGGAGGCCGUCGCUGGCUUCUCUUUCUGUGGCGCUGACAUUGGUGGCUUCUUUGGCAAUCCAGAUAGCGAGCUGCUGGAGCGUUGGUAUCAAACCGGUGCCUUUUUGCCCUUCUUCCGUGCUCACGCUCACAUCGAUACCAAACGCCGCGAACCGUGGCUGUUCCCAGAGCGUACUCGCCUCAUUAUCAAGGCCGCUCUGCUCAAACGCUAUAGCUAUCUGCCGUUGUGGUACACCAGCUUUUAUGAGCUUGAGCAGACUGGUUCCCCUGUGAUACGACCACUAUUGGCUCACUAUCCGAUGGACAAGGAAGCCUUCGCUAUUGACAGCCAGCUCCUGGUACAGGACCGCCUGUUGGUUCGCCCCGUUAUGCAGCAGGGCGUUAGCAAGGUGGACGUCUAUUUCCCGGCCAUUGAUGAUAAGAAGAAUGGCGAUUAUUGGUAUGACGUGGACACAUAUCAGCGCCAAGAACGCACCGGUUACGAGAGCAUACCAGUUACCGAACAUAAAAUUCCCGUUUGGCAGCGCGGUGGUAGCAUUGUGCCCAAGAAGGAGCGUCAGCGUCGCGCUUCCACAUUGAUGUUGCACGAUCCGUAUACUUUGAUCAUUUGCUUAGAUCGUCAGGGCAAGGCCGAUGGCACACUCUACCUGGACGAUGAGAAAUCCUAUGCUUAUCGCGAUGGCCAGCACAUUUAUGUGAACUAUGAGUUCGCCAACAAUCAAUUGACCAAUCGUUUUAUUGGCAAGCCCAAAUACAAAUCCGACGCUUGGAUCGAACGUAUUGUAAUUGCGGGCUUAGAUCGUGUACCCACAAGCGCUUCCAUAACGGUGAAUGGAGUCACCCAGCAGCUGGAGGUCGAGCAACGCAAUUCGGCCAUUAACGUACGCAAACCGGCCAUCAAAAUGGAUGUCGACUUUGUCCUCAAGCUCAACUAUUAAUUCUGGUAUUACAUGUAACGUUUUCUGUUAGAAAUCUACAAACAUAAUAUUCCACCUGGUCACAUAGCAGGACUAGAUUUGAUUCACCAUCUAUAUUUUUAUGUAAUCUAUGUAUUUAUCGUGUGUGCAGGACUUUAAAUCCAGAUUACAAUAUUUAUAGCUAAACCCAAGCAAGUCAAAAUGAAAUUAAAAUACAAUAUAUCAAUUCAA